GAGCGGAGUCCUUAUUCAACGCCUUUGCAACAGCAGCCUUCUUCAAGUUCGUCAUCUUCUCCAUCUUCGAGAUGCGCUACCUGCUCGCCAUCUGGAAGGCCCGCCGCCCCGCACAGUCCUCGGAGAGCUGGGACCUCAUGCGGAGGGAGCUCUCCAUCCUCUACUCGCGAUUCUACGGCUUCCUCCUGGGCGGCAUUCUCCUCAUCUACCGCUUCAGCACGGCGCUACGUUACCUGCUGCUGCUCUUCUACUCCUUCUGGAUCCCCCAGAUAGUCACAUCCGUUAUAAGGGACUCGCGCAAGCCCCUCCACGUGCACUACAUUCUCGGCAUGUCCGCCACCCGCCUCGCCAUCCCGCUCUACAUUUUCGGGUGCCCGAAAAACUUUAUGCGCGUGGAGCCGAGUCCCGCGUGGUGCGCUGCGUUGAUCGCGUUCAUGGGAGCGCAGGUGGCGGCGCUGCUGCUGCAGCACUACCUGGGGCCGCGCUGGUUCAUCCCCAAACAGGUGGGUGGGUUGCUCGUUCGGGUGUGCUGGUUGAUUCCCAAGCAGGCGGGUGGGUUGACUGUGGCUGGAAUUGCGUUCAUGGGCGCGCAGGUCGCGGCGCUGCUGCUGCAGCACUACCUGGGGCCCCACUGGUUCAUUCCCAAGCAGUUCCUCCCUGAAAAGUAUUCCUACUUCCGCCGCGUGUCGUGCCUCAUGAGGCAGAGCAACGACGCUGACGACAGCGGGCCGGCAGACUGUGUCAUCUGCAUGACGCCCGUGCCCAUCACCUCCCACUCCAUGGACCGCAUGGUGACUCCCUGUGACCACAUGUUUCACACGGCAUGCCUGCAGCGUUGGAUGGACAUCAAAAUGGAAUGCCCCACCUGCCGCCGCUGCCUCCCCCCCGUCUGA